UUCGUGCGAUUUGCUCUCCGUGAGUAAUUUGUAUGAUUCCGAUUUCUGAGGUUCUUUGAGUUCAGAGAUUUUAAAGUAGAAGAAAAUUCAUUCGAAAUUUGGGAAAAGACUUCGAAUCUCGAAGUGUUUAGUUUUGUAAAAAGUUACAGACACAAAAAUGGAUGAGUUGAGAUCGUUUUUCAACAAUCCAACUCCAUCUUCUUCGCAAUUAGUACGUCUUCGGGCACCAGUUACUGGUGGACAUCGUGUAUCAAAGGACGAUCAUAUAAAUGACUUGAAUAGACCAGAAGAAGAUCGUCACUCGGUUACUGUUAGUGGCACCGACUAUGCACGAGAAGUUAGAGAACGGGAAACAGCCAUGUAUUUGAGGAAUGAAAAGGAGCGAGAGAAGUUUGAAAGCAUGUCAGGGGGUUUGGACUCAAUGGAAUAUUUGACCUCAAUAGGAUCAUCAACUCUUAAUGUUGAAAAGUUAACAGAAGAAGCCAUGACAAGUGUUUACAAGAAGUAUUCUUUUCAAAGAAAGGAGGAUACAAAAAAUCUGGCAAUUCAUAGCUGUCAGGAAAGUAUUUUAGAUAGGAUAAAUUCAUUCCCUGUUGUGAUCAUCGAGGGCCCCACAGGAUGUGGUAAAACUACACAAGUACCCCAGUGGAUUCUUGAUGACGCUUACAACAACCGAAAACACUGCAAAAUAGUAGUAACACAACCUAGAAAGAUUGCUGCUAUAUCUAUUGCUAGGAGAGUUGCUCAAGAACGAGGAUGGGAUGUUGGUGGUCUUGUGGGAUAUCAGGUCGGUCUCGAAAAUAAAACAACCACAGAUACUAGGAUUAGCUAUGUUACCACUGGAGUCUUGCUACAAAAACUUGUUGCUGCUAAAACAAUGAAUGAAUACACUCACAUCAUACUCGACGAGGUUCACGAAAGAGGCCAAGAGAUGGACUUCCUCUUGCUUGUUGUGAAAAAAUUGUUGUACACAGUAUCUCCAGCAGUCAAGGUGGUACUCAUGUCGGCCACCUUUGACCGAAAGUCAUUUGCAGAUUACUUCCUCAUUCCGACCCCUGCUGGGUUACAGAAAUCCUCAUGUUUUAAAGUUACAAAUGAAAAAUCAAUAUUUAGUGUAAAAACAUUCUAUUUGAACCAUCUAAACAAGUUUGGUUCGACUCUACAACAAGCGAUGCGAACUGAUGGGGAGGCUUUCAUCAACCCAGAAAUGUAUCAUUUGGUUGUAAAGCUGAUAAAUGCUUUUGAACAGAUUGACUUACAAGAGGAGUACAAAGAUAGAUCUGAGGCGGACUUGCCUUCUGUCCUUAUUUUCUUACCUGGUAUUCAUGAGAUUGAGGAGUUAUAUAACUGCUUAACUGACACCAGUUUAAGGACUCGUCUGGUCGACGCCACGUGUGCGAGCUACAAGUGGUGGGUGCUGCCCCUCCACUCCACCAUCACGGCAGACGAGCAAGUCCGCGUGUUCCAACGCGCAGCGCCCGGACACCGCAAGAUCAUCCUGUCCACCAACAUAGCUGAGAGCUCCAUCACAGUGCCCGACAUCAAAUAUGUGAUAGACUUCUGCCUAAUGAAGGUGCUAGUGGCUGACCAGAACACUAACUUCACUUCGCUGCAGCUGGCAUGGGCGUCCAAGACGAACUGUGAGCAGCGCUCAGGCCGAGCAGGCCGAGUGCGAGACGGCCGCGUCUACAGACUCGUCACCGAUAAGUUCUAUGAUAACCUACCGCAAGAAUGUGCGCCGGAGAUAGUGCGGUGUCCGCUGGAGCGGCUAACUCUUCUGGCCAAGAUGCUGGAUAUGGGGGAGCCGAGCGAUAUCCUCGCGUUGGCAAUGGACCCCCCCGACUUGUCUAACAUACACCGCACUAUACUCGUCUUGAAAGAGAUGGGUGCCUUAAAGAAGACAGUCGAUGGGGAGUGGAGUAACACGGACGGGGACAUCACAUACCUGGGACGAAUGAUGGCGAAGCUGCCCAUUGACGUACGAGCCUCCAAGCUCAUAAUGCUCGGAUACAUCUAUGGGUGCUUGGAAGAGAGUGUUAUCAUGGCUGCUGCGAUGUCGGUAAAAAGUGUUUUCAGCAGUCCCUUCAAAGAAAGACUGAAUGCCUACAAUUCAAAACUAACCUGGGCGGACGGUUCCACGAGUGACUGCAUUGCCCUGCUCAAUGUAUACAAGGUGUGGAGUCACCUCCGUCGUCAGCAGCACUUCAAGCAGCACAGCACGGAGGCACAGUGGGCGCGGCGAUUCUACGUGCAGCUGCGCGCCCUACACGAGCUGCAUGACCUAGUGCGCGAGCUGCACAGCCGCAUCUCUCGAGACGGUAUCGACGCCACAGCUUACCCCACGCCAUGGUCCAAGCACGAGCUGCCGCUUGUACUCAAGGUGAUCCUGGCGGGUGCGUUCUACCCGCAGUACUUCGUGCAGGGCGGCUCGGACGGUGAGCGGGAGCGGGUGGCGGUGCGUACGCUCGGCGGGCUCGACCCGCGCCGCUCCGUGUACCUGGCCGGCCUGCCCGACUACCAGCCCGCACGCCUCUACGCGCCGCUCGUACGCAAGCUGGUGCUCAAACUGCUGGGAGACGAUUCGAGAGUCACAGUGGAUAAUAACAGCAGAAAGAUCUACGUGACCUUCGAAGACUCCAAACAAGACACAAGUUUAGAUAAAAACAAAAGUGGUGAUCCGACCAUCCCUGGACAAGUAGUGUUGCCAGUGUACAAAGCUAUCAAAGCUCGCCAACUGAGAAUCGAUUUUAGAAUUCCUUUGCUACCUGUAAAGGAAGCAAACGAAUUGGCGGAGUCUUUAGAUGAGGAAUACGUAAGCCAAGUGAAGGAGCAUUUGGUGCCUCGCCUACCUGACAUAGAUGAAACUUAUAUUCCACUGAAGAUAUCUCAUUAUGUCGACGUUGACACGUUCUGGGCGCAAUACGACUUCGAGGCAACAGCAAUGGAGUUGCAAAUGAUCGAAAACACCCUCAACUCUCAUAGGCUGCUUGCCGUGACGCAGACUUUGGAGGCGGGCGACUUGAUAGCGGCGCCGUACGCUGACGCCAAUGGCACCAAAAUGUACCGCGCUAGAAUCACCAAAAUAUUGCCCAGGGAUAUGCUCGAGGUGUUGUACGUGGACUACGGAGGGGCGGGGCGUGUGGGCGUGUGCAGCGCGCGCUCGUUACCGCCUCCGCUCCGCACGAUACCGCCGCAGGCCAUGCGGUGCGCGCUGGCGGGCGUGGCCCCGGCGCCGCUGGCCAAUCCCGUGCCUGGACGCCGGUACACGUUAGCUGCCUGCCGAACGUUUGCCGAACUCGUCGCGCGCCCUGGUCUACACGCCAAGAUUUAUUCGGUGGCGCACGGCGUAGUCACCGUUGAGUUGUUAGCCGAUAACUCCAAGAUAAACGUUAACCAGAAGUUAUUGGAGAAAGGUUUCGCUGUGGCCUGCGAAGAGAGCUACGAUUCCAAGCUGAAUCAUGACUUGAGGCAGAUCGCUGACAACUUGACUCUGAAACAAAAGAGCGGCUACAACAGGGAGCAAAUAGAACAAGCCUAUAACGACACGCGUGACGUCAAGAUGCCUAAUUUCAAGGACUGCAUUUCUGACGUCUGCCUUAGAGGACCUCAUAGUCCCCUCGAGACGACUCUUCGCAACGUGAUGUACGCGAGCCGCGAGAAGCAGGUGCACGUGGAGUGGAACUCCGUCAACUCCGUGCUGCUCGACACCGAGCCGCAGGAGCUAUAUGAAAGGUUGCUGGUAGCGGGCGAGGUGGGUCAGCACGAGGGCAGCAACAAGCUGAACCUGCGCCACACCACCAUGAUGCCCAACAUCCGCGGCCUGCCCGCCAUCAUCGCUCUACUGUUUUGCCCGAGUGCGGAGCUGCGUCGCGGCGCGGGCGGGACGCGGUACGUGAGCGUGUUGUGCGGGCUCGGCAGCGCCGGCGGCCGCCCGCUCUUCCCCGAACACGACCUGCUCGUCAACAUCGACGCUGAUAUGAGCGUUGAAGAUAUCGGCAAUAUAAACCAUAUAAGAUAUUUGAUGGACUACAUGAUGUACUGCGGCGAUGGACAAGACUUCCCCUCGGCGGACGACAAGUUCCGCUCCAACGUGCCCAAAUACAUUAGAGACGAUCUUAUGAAGUUGCUGACGAAGCGGCGCAAGCACCGCGAGCCGGAGUCAGUAGUGAACGAGUGGAAGUGGAACUCGGUACCGGAGCACGAGCUGCUCGAGAUAUCGGUGCCGGAGAUGGCGGAGCGCGCAGUCGUGUACCCGCUGCACGCGCCGCUCGACCUCUACCCCGUCAAUCCCGACCAGCUGCGCCAGCUCAAGCGCGACAACGACCAGCUCAAGGCGCUCGUGACCAGGUGGGUGCUGUGUAUAUAUCGAGCUGCCGGAGAUAUCGGUGCCGGAGAUGGCGGAGCGCGCAGUCGUGUACCCGCUGCACGCGCCGCUCGACCUCUACCCCGUCAAUCCCGACCAGCUGCGCCAGCUCAAGCGCGACAACGACCAGCUCAAGGCGCUCGUGACCAGGACGCUGACCUCGAGCGGCGAGGUGUCGUGCAAGUUGUGCGGCACGCUGCCGAUGCCGGCGCACGCCAUGCGCAUACACCUCUGCUCCAACGCGCACAAGGAGAAGGAGGAGGACCUAAGGACGGUAGACUCGUAAUUUCCUAUUUACGUUACGUCUCAUGCUAAUAAACAUUUUAAGGCGCUUAUCCUGUCAUGUGUGUUGUCGCUCGCGCACGGAUUCGCUCCGUGUGAAAGACAUUUCGUAGAUGUUUUUAUUGUCAUGCGGCCAGGAGCAUUUUGUCACACGUAUGUGAAUCCGCGCGCGGGUGACAACACGCAUGAAAGGAGAAGCUAAAAAGAAAGCCCUAUAUAUAACGGAUACACCAUAAAAUGUUUUGUCCCUCUCUGAUAAAUUGGAAUGGCCAGAUAAGAACAAAAUAUUAUACAUUGUAUAAUUUUUUACGUUAUCAGUUUUUUUUUAAUUUUAUAUACUUAUUCUACGAUUUUGUUGUUCACCCAAUAUGUCUUAUUCAACAGGUCCCACCAAUUCUAUACAGUACAUUAAGCAGUACUAAAUUCAAAAUUAUAACAUUUCCCAUUUUUACACAUGAUAUCGAACCGCUAGGCUGAUAAUGUGUCCAAAUACCUAAGCAGUGUAUUUGGUGGAUUUCAAAUUUGACUCCAAGGUUUAUGUUAUUUUAUGUUAAGUGAUAACUGAUUCUCAAUGUGAUAAAGGCUCUUUCACACUGAAACGCCAACCUAAUGAUAAGUAUAGUGGAUCACCUAAACUUUUUUUUAUAUUAUGUGAUCCGACUAAAGAUUUUUGUUAUUGUUGCCAUUAGAUGUUAAUCGUAAGUCUUGACAUAUUUUAUGUUUUCUAUGUUUACUCGUAAGUAUUAUUAAGUAAAAUAUCUAAAGUUUUAAGUUGAAUAUCCAAAGUUUUUGUUUAUUUUUGUUCU